UCAAGAAGCGCAGCCCUCUGUCUUUCUCUCGUCGAGGUCGUCGCUCGCUGGGGUCUCCUCUUUCUCUGAAAAUAGUUUCCCAAUUUAUUUAAGCGCUAACCAUUUUCCUUUGCAGCCUUUCCAAACCCUAAUUCUUAUUUACCCGAUUUCACCUUCUCACAGCCUUACAGAAUAGCAUGGGUGAAACAAGGGACAACGACGCUUACGAGGAGGAGCUUCUCGAUUACGAGGAAGAAGAAGAGAAGGCCCCUGAUUCUGUUGCGGCUAAAGUCAAUGGCGAAUCCGCCAAGAAGGGCUAUGUUGGAAUACACAGUUCCGGGUUCAGAGACUUCCUUUUGAAGCCAGAGCUUCUUCGGGCUAUAGUUGACUCGGGAUUUGAGCAUCCUUCCGAAGUUCAACACGAAUGUAUACCUCAAGCUAUAUUGGGCAUGGAUGUCAUCUGCCAAGCUAAAUCUGGGAUGGGGAAGACUGCCGUUUUUGUUUUGUCUACUCUACAGCAAAUUGAACCCACAUCUGGCCAAGUUAUUGCACUUGUUCUCUGUCAUACUAGGGAGUUGGCUUACCAGAUCUGUCACGAGUUCGAGAGGUUCAGUACUUACUUACCUGAUACCAAGGUUGCUGUCUUUUAUGGUGGUGUCCAUAUCAAGAUUCACAAAGAUCUAUUGAAAAAUGAAUGCCCACAUAUUGUUGUCGGGACUCCUGGAAGAAUAUUGGCACUGGCAAGAGAUAAGGACCUUUCUUUGAAGAAUGUGAGGCAUUUUAUCCUUGAUGAAUGUGACAAGAUGCUUGAAUCACUUGACAUGAGGAGAGAUGUGCAAGAGAUCUUCAAGAUGACUCCACAUGAUAAGCAAGUUAUGAUGUUUUCUGCAACUCUCAGCAAAGAAAUCCGCCCAGUUUGCAAGAAAUUUAUGCAAGAUCCAAUGGAAAUUUACGUCGACGAUGAAGCCAAGUUGACCCUUCAUGGUCUUGUACAGCACUACAUCAAAUUGACCGAGCUGGAGAAGAAUCGAAAGUUGAAUGAUCUCCUUGAUGCAUUGGACUUUAAUCAAGUAGUUAUUUUUGUCAAAAGUGUGAAUAGAGCAGCAGAGCUGAACAAGUUACUUGUGGAAUGCAAUUUUCCAUCAAUUUGCAUCCAUUCUGGCAUGUCCCAAGAAGAAAGGUUGACGCGCUAUAAGGGAUUCAAGGAGGGCCAUAAAAGAAUUCUUGUGGCCACAGAUUUGGUUGGUCGUGGAAUUGAUAUUGAGCGGGUCAACAUUGUUAUCAACUAUGAUAUGCCAGACUCUGCCGAUACUUAUCUACACAGAGUUGGUAGAGCUGGUAGGUUUGGCACAAAAGGGCUGGCAAUUACAUUUGUUUCAUCUGCUUCCGACUCUGAUGUCUUAAAUCAGGUUCAGGAGAGGUUUGAGGUGGAUAUAAAGGAGCUCCCUGAGCAGAUUGAUACAUCUACAUACAUGCCAUCAUAGUAUGGUUUCAGUCAGCAACAUGAAGGUUUUGAGGCAAAAACAAUUGGCGGUGCUAGAGGCUUCUGUUAUGUUUUAUCCUGUUCAUUUGAUAUUUUAUAUUCUAUUAUUAAACCUACUGUUUGUUGCGAAUAUGGGUCUGCCAGGCAGAUGCUCCAUCUCAUGGGAUUUUCGGAGACUGAGGAGUCAUGGUGGCCCUGCAUAUGGGCAAUAGAUUAGACCUUAGUUAUGAAUUGCUAGCUUCAAUUCGUGUUAUAAACUAGUUCAGGUUUGCAGUUGUCAUUGCCAUGUAGCUAAAUUGCAUGUUAACUGGAAUUGAAAUGUUUUCAUGCCUAGUCGUAGUUUUGUGAUCUUUCAAAGUUUUUAAUUAUAUUUUUCCUCCAGGGGGAAGAAUUUAUUAGUAA